AUGGCCACCGUCGCGUUGUAUCGUAUAGCAGUCAUCAAUGCUGCCAUCGCUUUUUGUUUAAUGUUUAUUGCCUUUGCCUCCCCGUACUGGUACAAAUCAUGGACCCGAGUCUUCAGCCCAUUCGGUAACAUCGGCAUGUGGCAUAUCUGUCUAAAUGGAUACAUUAAACCCAGGGAUCCGGUUAUGAAGUCCUAUGUGGGUUGUUGGUGGAUCCACUCUACGGAGUUUGAAGAUAUCGUUGAUAAAAUAAUGCCUGUUUGGUUCCGGUUUAUGCAAGCUUUCACCAUCAUUGUUUUGUUUGCGGACCUCUUUGGCAUGGCCUUUGGUCUCUUGUAUUUAACGGACGGGUUGAAAGCGAAGCUGUACAAGAACAGACCUCGGAUGUUUUUUAUCAACAGCGGUUUAAUGUUGGGAGCAGCUUUUCUGGUGUUUAUCAUUGCCCUUGUAUUUGCUGAGAUGAGCAAGGACGACGACUGGAUGCCAAGACCAUGGAUGAACUACCUGUCCUGGAGCUAUGGUCUGUGUGUGUUGUCAGGGUUUCUGUCAGCCUUGAGCGGGAUGUGCUACUUUGUUCUUGGCUUGGUGUAUAAGGACAAGGAAGAGCACGGAGAUCCAGGUGUCACUUCUGCAGCUGAACUUGCAGCCAAGCGCCGUCAGCUGGAGAAACAAGAUGAGGCCAUGAGAUCACAACCGAGUAUGAUGGCUGAACUGGAUCCGCCACUAUCUCUGCAAGGAGUCAAAUAUCGCCAGCCUCACUAUCAGCAGCAGCCGGCUUAUCAAGACAAAACUGACUAUGGCAAAGCUCCUCCUGGGAAAGCUCCGUCUGUAACAGGGUCACAGAGCAGAGUUGGGGAGUCUGUAGUUUAG